AUGUUUGAUGAGGAGGACAAUGGAAAGAUCGCAGAGUGGGAGCAGCUCACGAGCCUGCUUGGAAUCAACUUCACCGAGAGUGAGCUGGCCUCCUUGGGCAAGGAUGUGGACAGAGGCAACAAAGUGUUCUUUAACCAUGAUAGCUUCCUGGUGCUGUUGUGGAUUUACUCUGAGAAAGCCCACAACCGGGAGGGCAAGCUAAGGGGUUUUGACAAGGAGACCAAGAACUACAUAGACUGGAACAUACUCAAGGAGGGCCUUGGGCCUAGGGGAUAGGUGCUCAUGAAUGUGUGUGAGACCCUCAGUAAAACAGAGGCUGCCAAGGAGAUUGACAAGGAUGGAACCACUGACUAUGAAGAGUUUGUAGAGAUGACAGGAGAGUCCUUCAAGUUGGUCCAGUAA